CCGCCGCCACUCGAGUGGCCCGAUCUCGCCCGAACGGGUCAAUGUCUGAGGAGGCUUCGAAAAAUUCGUAGCUGGUGUGGUGUUCCCGUGCACGGCGAGGAAAGAGAAGUCGUCGAUCGUCUAGGAUUAAUACCGUCAGGAAGAACAAGUUCGCGGCUGGACCCGUUGCCCGGCGCUGGGGUACGGAGGCGUCGUUUCGAUCGCAUAGUGAUUUCACGGCCGUCGAAAGCGGAGGUGGAACAACGACGACGACGACGACACGGACGACGGCGGCGGCGACGACGACCUCCCCUUCGAGCAACGACGACACGGACGACGGCGACGUCCGCGACGAGGAAGGACGUCCAUGUCGGCGUCAGGGGGGCCCCCGGUCGUUUCCUUUGCGUAGCUUAGCGCCCAACGGCGGCGAAAUGUUGUGCACAAGCCUGGCAAGUCGACAACGUCGAGCCUGAGGAGCCCGUGAAGCGCGUGAAAGAGCGACGAGGACCGCGAACACCGAUUCAACGUAACGCCGAGAGAGACAGAGCGAGCGGGCGAGAAAGAGCGGCGGUGUGGAGGAGGUGAGGCGGUAGCGCUUCCCCCCGCGCCCUCCGAAAAGAGUACGGGAGCGCGAGUGAGAGCGAGAGGAAGACGGCGGAGCGCGCAAGGGGAAGAGAAAGGAGGAGAAGAAGGAAAGAAAGAACGAACAGAGACAGGCGAACUCACUGCGCCGUUAGGCCGAAAAAGAGAAACGGAGAGCCAGGGGAAAGAACGGGCAGAAGAAAAACGGAGCGCGAGUGACCGCGGUGCAGAGCUAGAGAAGAAGCAACCGACAACCAUUGUCGGAGGCGUUGUCGUCGAACGGAUACAAAAUUCAUCGGCGACGGCGAGGCGCAUAGGUCGGUAACGACGAAGAAAUCCGACCCGUCACAGAGCAGAGCCAGACCGUCGCGUAGUCGCGCUAUAUAAGAAGGCUAGCCGAGAGUGCGGUGGUGUGGCUGCCUCCGCUGUCGCGAGACCGUACGAACCGUUCCGAAAACGUCGGCCCCCGCUGCCCCUCGCGGCGACACAGCUCUCCGCGACGCUCCGCGCCCUCGUCCAGGCUAUUAGGUAGUUAGAAGCGCGCCUCUCGGUCCGCGAUAUACUCCUUGACAGCGGCGGCCAAUACGGAAAGAUUGUCGUAAAUUGUGUCAAUUCGCCGCGUAGUUGGACGCCACCGGCGCGGUUAUCGUGGGCCGCCGGUGGACAUAUUUCGCUUGGACAAGAGAAAAGAGAGGAUCGUGUUGGAAACGUAUAUCGUACAGCCGAACGAACGCCUGUCGGUCAAACGUGCUCGCUCCUCUGGUGCGAACAGAGGUGGUGUGUAUAACCCCUGGUGUGCGCGCUUCGUUCCAUCGCGACGAAACGUUGAUUCGUGAGAGAGUCGCUGCCAUCGCCAGCAGGCGACCACCAUCGACGGGUAUAUACGAGAGCGUAUCGCUCGUAGGAAGGAAGUGUCGGGAGUGUACGGAAAAAAGAAAAAAAUCGUUCUCGGCGCAAAAACGUUUCUUCUUCCUUUCUUCCAUUUCUGGCGUCACCAUUGAUCAUCUAAUCGUCACCGUUCCUAACCACGGUUCUCCGUAAUUUCUUCUUUCUCGAUCUUGCGCGCGCUUUGCUCGCUCUUCCCUCCCUUCUAUUCUUCCUACUCUCCCUCCCGCCCUUCUUUUCUCUCUCUUUCUAUCGCUCACACCAAUUCUCUCUCUCUCUCUCUUUCUCUCUCUCGCUUUUCCUCUUUCUGUCCGUGCACAGUCCCAUCUCUCUCUCUCUCUCUCUCUCUCUCUCCAUUCUCUUUCUCUCCCUUGAUCCGUCGAUCGAGCACGGCCGUGGCGUAAUAUAUAAAAUAACCGAGCCGUGCGGACGUGUAUGCGUGCGUGCGAUGUGAUUAUCGUUCGUGUUGUCAUUGAUGUCCGAGGUGGUGUCAACAACGACGAGAACGACGAAGAGGACGACGACGGCCACGACGACGACGGCAAAGCGUUCCUGGCUAUCUUCACGUGAGGCGUUCGCGAAGAGGAGGAGGAGGAAGUGGCACGGCCAGCCGAGGCGGCGGCCAGCGGAACCAGAGGCGGCAUACUCCAGACCUCGGUGUCAGGUGGAGGAGCCGGUGAAAACGAUUUCAGGAUGAGCGGCCGACCGAGGACUACCUCAUUCGCCGAGGGCAACAAGGUGCACACGAAUCCGCCCCUGGGCGGCAUGAAGAUCAGCAGUGGUGCGAUGUACAAUGCAGGCAAGGAUGGCAGCAAAGUGACGACCGUGGUGGCUACCCCCGGUGCUGGUCCAGACCGCCCCCAAGAGGUCGCCUACACAGACACAAAAGUAAUCGGUAAUGGCAGCUUCGGCGUUGUCUUCCAAGCGAAACUCUGUGAUACGGGAGAAAUGGUUGCCAUCAAGAAGGUUCUCCAGGACAAGCGAUUUAAGAACAGAGAAUUGCAAAUCAUGCGGCGUCUCGAGCACUGCAACAUCGUGAAACUAAAAUAUUUCUUCUACUCUAGUGGUGAUAAGAACAUCUUAAACGCAACUAAUCCAGUUUUUCAUGUGGACAAGGACGAAGUUUAUCUGAAUCUAGUCCUGGAAUACAUACCCGAAACUGUGUACAAAGUCGCUCGACAUUAUAGCAAAAGCAAGCUGACGAUACCGAUCAGUUUCAUCAAGCUGUACAUGUAUCAGUUGUUCCGUUCCCUGGCGUACAUACAUUCCCUGGGGAUCUGCCACAGGGACAUCAAGCCGCAGAACUUGCUGCUGGACCCGGAGACAGGCGUACUGAAGCUCUGCGACUUCGGUUCAGCCAAGCACCUGGUCAAGGGUGAACCGAAUGUCUCUUACAUAUGCAGUCGCUACUAUCGCGCGCCCGAACUGAUCUUUGGUGCUAUUGACUACACUACCAAAAUUGACGUGUGGAGCGCUGGCUGUGUACUAGCAGAAUUGUUGCUCGGUCAGCCGAUAUUCCCUGGCGACAGUGGCGUAGAUCAGCUGGUUGAGAUUAUCAAGGUUCUGGGCACACCGACCCGCGAUCAGAUACGUGAGAUGAACCCCAACUAUACCGAAUUCAAAUUCCCACAGAUUAAGUCGCAUCCUUGGCAAAAGGUGUUCAGGGCACGCACGCCCCCGGAAGCGAUGGAACUCGUCGCCCGGCUCCUCGAAUACACGCCAUCGUUACGGAUGACGCCACUGCAGGCGUGCGCCCAUUCGUUCUUCAACGAGCUGCGGGAACAGGGCACACGAUUACCGAACGGCCGGGAGCUGCCGCCGUUGUUCGACUUCACCGAGCAAGAACUGCGAAUUCAGCCGGCUUUGAAUUCGAUCCUAAUACCGAAGUACAUGCAGUCUUCGGACAAUCCUGGAGGCCAAUUGGAAGCCACGAGUGCUGCCGCGGGGGCUAGCGACGCGAGACAAAACACGGUAAAAGAAUGCGAAAGUGGGGAGGACAGUGUGCGAAGCACAGAGACGAUGGAGGAGUCGAAGCGGGAGGACAAGCAGGAAGCGAAUCCGGACGACGGGAGCCGAGAGGAGGAGGAGGAGGAGGAGGAGGAGGAGAAGCGGGCGGAGAAGGCGGAGGAGGAGGAGGAGGCGGUGGCGCAGGAGCAGGUGGACGAAUAGAAGUCUCUCGCGUGACCGGUCGCAACGGGAAACGUAAACCGUUCGCUUGUCGAGCCGAAUACAGCGACUUCGUCGGGAGGAAACGAUGGGGACUCUGGACGCUCUUCGGCGCGCGACGGUUCCGUUCGGUAAUACAGCGAUCUCUCUGCCUAAUUCGCGCACAAAAGCUGACGAUUUGCCGCCUCGCGGCUCGUUCUCAUUCGGCCACCGAUUACGUACAGUGAACAAGAGCCGCGUGAAAACGAGCCGCAAGGCGCGACACACGCCUCUACCCGAAUUCGCAGUUCGCGCGACCCGACCGCGUAUUAGAGAGCGAAAUUACUGGCAGUUGUCUCUCUUACCGACUCUCCGGCAUUUACAACGAAUGACGGAGAGCUUCGUCGGUGUUGCCAGAGGGCUGUUUGCUCGCUGAGAAAUCGAGGAGCGUUGUAUCGUCGCGGAUCCUAUCAUUCCACUAAAUUCAAUCCGAUCUUCGAGCACACGGUACAACAACGGAUUCUCCUUAGAAUGAAAUUUUUCGAAUCGGCCGAACGAUUUUAUACAGGGUGUCCUGUAAAUGUUUCGCGAUCCGGGAGAGGAUGAUUGCUGAGGCGAUUUGAAGCAACUUUCUCCUUUGCGAAAAUGCGAUCCGCGGCUUCGUUUGCGAGUUAUCGGCGAAAUAA